AUGACGACGAUUGUUCCCACCUCCGAAGAAGAUCCUUCUCUCGCCAUAGUCCGUUUCACUUCCCAGCUCGCCUGGGCCGAUGCUGGUCCCGAGGCUGCAGACCCUCAAGUUACCAGACUAUGCAGGGAAGCAGAGGAGUCUAUUGUAGCUGGAAGGUGGCUGGAGUUGGCAACGUUACUGGUUACUUCAGCUGACUUGGUAUCGUCCAAGAUCUCUGAGAAAGAUUUUGAGUGUACCUACACCAUAAUUUGCAGCCUUGUCAAGAAUGUGGAAAGUCCUGACGAAGUCCUUGAAAUGGUGAAAGCUAUCGCUUCUAAGGUUGUUCAACAGCCGAAUGACAAAGCUUCAUUGCGUUUGAAAAUCCUCUUCAAUCUGUAUAAUCUGCUGGACAACCCAACUGCUCGUUUUCAAGUAUACAUGAAAGCGCUAGAGCUGGCUGUGAACGGGAAGGUCACUGAGUAUUUAGUGCCUUCCUUUAAGAAGAUUGAUAGCUUCUUGAAAGAGUGGAAUAUUGACAUCAAAGAUCAGAGGGAGCUGUUUCUUGCCAUUGCGAAUGUGUUGAGAGAAAAUAAAAGUUUGGCGAAAGAAUCCCUACAGUUUGUGACAAAAUACUUGGCGACUUUCUCCAAUGAGGAUACUCAGGUCCUGAGUGAAGCCAAAAAGGAAGCUGUACGAGCAGUUCUUGAAUUUGUCAAGGCUCCCACUAUCUUUCAGUGUGAUCUACUAGACAUGCCUGCCAUCGCACAACUGGAGAAGGAUACUAACAAUGCACCAGUUUACCAGUUGCUGAAGAUCUUUCUUACUCAGAGGCUGGAUGCAUUCAUGGAAUUCCAAAACGCGAAUUCAGGAUUUCUGCAAACCUACGGGCUUGUCGAGGAAGACUGUGUGGCGAAGAUGAGAUUGCUGUCACUUGUGGAUUUAGCCUCAGAUGAAUCUGGCAAAAUACCGUAUGCCUCUAUCAAGACCACUCUACAGGUAAAUGACGAGGAGGUUGAAUUGUGGGUGGUUAAGGCAAUAACUGCAAAAUUGGUUGAUUGCAAGAUGGAUCAGAUGAACCAAGUUGUACUAGUUAGCCGCUGUGCUGAGAGAGAGUUUGGACAAAAGCAAUGGCACUCUCUUAGAACAAAGCUUGCAGCUUGGAAGGAGAAUAUUGGGAAUGUGAUCAGUACACUUCAAGCGAACAAGGUAACAGAAGAAGGCACUCAGGGCUCAUCAUCAUCAGCAACUCAGGGAUUGACUGUCCGUUGA